AUGUUGAUGGCGGGCGCUUUGCCGGCCGAGCCCGAGGGGCUGCUGGCUUUGGGCGCGCUGCCCGGGCAGAAAGACACCACAUGGACUAAGCUCUUCGUGGGAGGACUGCCAUAUCACACGACGGACAAAAGCUUACGGGAGCAUUUCGCCGUUUAUGGGGACAUUGAAGAGGCAGUCGUUAUCACAGACAGACAGACGAGUAAAAGCAGAGGAUAUGGAUUUGUAAUAAUGGGCGAUCGGGCGGCCGCGGAGCGGGCUUGCAAGGACCCAAAUCCUAUCAUAGAUGGGAGAAAGGCAAACGUCAACCUCGCAAUACUUGGAGCCAAGCCUAGAGGGAAUUUAGCACCAGUAUGGAGAAGGAAGAAGAACUGGGCGGAAACGGAUGAAUUCUUUAAAAGUUUUUUCACUGCUUCGUUGGAAUUAAAAAAAUUCUUCUGUAAAAACUUACCAAAUGCCGACAGACACAUAUUACACGUCAUGCAGAUAUGUGGACAGGCGUUGACGUGGAUAAGUAAUGGAUUAAAAAGCAUUUUUGACAAGUCACAGUUGUUAAAUAAUCUGAUGUGA